AUGUCUGCCAGCAAGUCGGCCAAGUCCAAAUCACGUACAGAUCAGGAUCUAUCAGGUUCAUCUGCUCGAGGAGAGACAAGCAAGAAGGACAGACUAAUCGACACCGCGAACCUUGGCCUCGAGGCAGCCGCCACUAUAUCCGAGAGUUCAGAUAUACUCGCUCCUCUUAAAGCCGCUUGUAGAACAACAAAGCUGAUUCUCGAGGUCAUCCAAACCGUACAGCACAACCAAGACGAUUGGAAUGACGUAAUCCAGCGUCUAGAGGAAUAUAUGACCGCCAUCGAGAACCAAAUUGACUCGUUUGAAAACUAUCCACCAGAGGAAAGGGUCGUAGACGAAGCAUUUAGCGAACCACUCAUUCAUUACGUUAGACUGCUCGAAGAUUUUCAUAGCAUGGUCUCCAAUAUGGGAUUCAAACGCAAGCGUACCGGGCUCGGCGCGUUGGCUUCAAUCAGCAGAGUGAAAGUGGAUGCAGAAACCAUUCGUAAAUUCCACCGCGAUAUUGAAGACCGGCAUAGGCAAUUCAUGGGGGCGUUGGGACUAUUUACCGCAUCUCGCUUGCAAGUUGUCGAACGGCAUACCAAAGCUAUCUUGAAAAAUGUCGAUAAAUCCGCACUCCAGGACCUUCCAUUGGCAUCCUUUGUCGCGUCCUCUGUUCACACUACCUGUCUGCAAGGAACCCGUCAGGCCGUUCUUCAGACAAUCUCCCAUUGGGCCGAAAGUGUGACGGAUAAACCGAUAUUCUGGCUAUGCGACAUUGCAGGCUCGGGCAAGUCCACCGUUGCGAUGUCGGCAACAGCACGGUGGAGAACAGAGGGAAUGCUGGGUGGACAAUUCUUCUUCUCUAUGACCAAUAGUGAAGCCUCGACCACGGACAAAUUCUGCUCUACCAUGGCGAGGGAACUCGCGCAGCAUAUGCCUGCACUCGCACCGCACAUCGCUGAAGCCGUAACAGAGAAUCCAGCUAUUAUGCGAGGCUCAUUUGACGAACAGUUUCGUACGCUCGUCACUGAUCACCUCCGCCAUCGACCAAAGCCUAUUAUUCUCGUUAUCGACGCUAUUGACGAAUGCAAGUCUGCUGCGCAGCGCAGAGAACUCGUCGAGACUCUGUCUACGGCGGUUCGACAGUGCAGGAACCUCCGGAUAUUCAUGACGAGUCGCCCAGAUCCUGUCAUUGAAGCUGUACUGGGGUCCCUCUCGAUCAAAUCCAAGUUGGAGGACCGCCUUCACGAUAUCACACAUCGUGAUAACAUCGAUGAUAUUGCAAUCUAUGUACAUCAGUCGCUCAAUCAAGUCCUCUCAGAGGACAAGAUACAGCGACUGGUUGCAAAAGCCAACGGAUUGUUCAUCUGGGCGAGCACAGCGUGCCGAAUGAUCAACAAUCAAUCGACCUUAAACACCCCCGAGAGCAUAUAUGAUCGUUUGAUGUCCUUGGAGGAAUCUGGAGCUAUAGAUGGAGUGUAUGACCUCGUCUUCGAGCGAACAGACAAGGAAUCUUAUACGGUUCUAUGUCACAUGCUCGCCAUACUCCUUGUAGCGUUCGAACCGCUUACGAUCGGCGACAUGGAGGAUGUUGUAAAGCACGUCGGAGUACGGGGAAGUGUCACGGGCCUGGUCAGGAAUCUUGGAAGCGUACUCAGUGUGGAAAGAAGGACAAAUGUGAUCCAGUUUCGACAUCCCACCCUCGUCGAGUAUCUUCAACGCUGCUCCAAUGUCCCACUCGAUGUUGGCCGCAAUAGAAUCCAUCCUGACAUCGUGAAUGCGCAUGGGCAAGUCGCAUCGUGGUGUCUCAAAUGCCUCAAGUCGCGGACCGACGGCCUCAAGUUCAACAUAUGCCAGAUCGAGUCAUCUUUCUACCUCAACAGACAGAUUCCUGACCUCGAGGCGAGGGUAUCAAAGUUCAUUCCAAGAAAGCUUCGUUAUGCCAGCUCCCAUUGGUUGUUCCAUCUGUCGGGAACGGAUGACAAGUGGCGAAGCAAGCUUGAAAAGGAAUUCCAGUGCAUUCUUCAAAGUUCAUACGCACUAUAUUGGAUGGAGAUUCUGAGCUUCACUAGAGGGGUGCCACGAGCGAUCGCUGGUCUACGGGCUCUUGGGCGUCACAGAGCGCUCGAUGAAAAGACUAGGAUAUGGAUGAGCGAUAUCCGAAGGUGCUUGAUAGCAUUUUCUGUGCCAAUUCAAGAUAGCGCUCCGCAUAUCUACAUCUCAGCACUUCCGUUUUCUCCGAGAAAGUCGAAUAUUGGUAAUGAAGGUCUACGUGAGUAUAGUGAGAGCCUGAGGGUGACUCAAGGGCUAGAGGAAUCGUAUGCCGGGCUACCGACAAGCCUUCGAGGUCAUAGCGGCACCGUCAAGGCUGUUGCAUUCUCGCCAGAUGGCUCGCGGAUUGUGUCUGGCUCUUCUGACAAGACGGUUCGGAUUUGGGAUGCAGAUAGUGGCGAGCCUUUGGGAGAGCCACUCCGAGGCCAUACCAACGAGGUCACCGCCGUCGGAUUCUCGCCAGACGGCUCACGAAUCGUCUCUGGCUCUUGGGAUCAGACGAUUCGACUUUGGGACGCAAAUAGUGGUGAGCCGUUGGGAGAGCCACUCCGAGGCAAUACCAACGGGGUCUUGGCCGUCGGAUUCUCACCAGACGGCUCACGAAUCGUCUCUGGCUCUGGAGACCAGACGAUUCGACUUUGGGACGCAAAUACUGGUGAGCCGUUGGGAGAGCCACUCCGAGGCCAUACCAACAUGGUCAGCGCCGUCGGAUUCUCGCCAGACGGCUCACGAAUCGUCUCUGGCUCUUUGGAUGGGACGAUUCGACUUUGGGACGCAAAUAGUGGUGAGCCGUUGGGAGAGCCACUCCGAGGCCAUACCAGCGGGGUCACCGCCGUCGGAUUCUCGCCAGACGGCUCACGAAUCGUCUCUGGCUCUUGGGAUGAGACGAUUCGACUUUGGGACGCAAAUAGUGGUGAGCCGUUGGGAGAGCCACUCCAAGGCCAUACCAACGGGGUCAGCGCCGUCGGAUUCUCGCCAGACGGCUCACGAAUCGUCUCUGGCUCUUCCGAUCAGACGAUUCGACUUUGGGACGCAAAUAGUGGUGAGCCGUUGGGAGAGCCACUCCGAGGUCAUGCCAACGAGGUCACCGCCGUCGGAUUCUCGCCAGACGGCUCACGAAUCGUCUCUGGCUCUUGGGAUCAGACGAUUCGACUUUGGGACGCAAAUAGUGGUGAGCCGUUGGGAGAGCCACUACAAGGCCAUACCAACGGGGUCUUGGCCGUCGGAUUCUCGCCAGACGGCUCACGAAUCGUCUCUGGCUCUUGGGAUGAGACGAUUCGACUUUGGGACGCAAAUAGUGGUGAGCCGUUGGGAGAGCCACUCCGAGGCCAUACCAACGGGGUCAGCGCCGUCGGAUUCUCGCCAGACGACUCACGAAUCGUCUCUGGCUCUUUGGAUGGGACGAUUCGACUUUGGGACGCAAAUAGUGGUGAGCCGUUGGGAGAGACACUCCGAGGCCAUACCAACGGGGUCAGCGCCGUCGCAUUUUCGCCAGACGGCUCACGAAUCGUCUCUGGCUCUUGGGAUGAGACGAUUCGACUUUGGGACGCAAAUAGUGGCCAUACCAACGGGGUCUUGGCCGUCGGAUUCUCGCCAGACGGCUCACGAAUCGCCUCUGGCUCUUGGGAUCAGACGAUUCGACUUUGGGACGCAAAUAGUGGUGAGCCGUUGGGAGAGCCACUACAAGGCCAUACCAACGGGGUAAGCGCCGUCGGAUUCUCGCCAGACGGCUCACGAAUCGUCUCUGGCUCUUUGGAUGGGACGAUUCGACUUUGGGACGCCAUUAGUGGCCAUAACACCCAGGUCAGCGCCGUCGGAUUCUCGCCAGACGGCUCACGAAUUGUCUCUGGCUCUGGAGACCACAUAAUUCGACUUUGGGACGCAAAUAGUGGUAAGCCGUUGGGAGAGCCACUCCGAGGCCAUACCAACGUGGUCACCGCCGUCGGAUUCUCGCCAGACGGCUCACGAAUCGUCUCUGGCUCUUGGGAUGAGACGAUUCGACUUUGGGACGCAAAUAGUGGUGAGCCGUUGGGAGAGCCACUCCGAGGUCAGACUAACUCGGUCACCGCUGUCGCAUUUUCGCCACACGACGCACGAAUCACCUCUGCCUCGUUAGAUAACACCAUUUGGCUAUGGAACAUACAUACCGGUCAACCUUCGGAGCAACUACUGCGAAAUCGCAACGAUCCGGCUAGCAUUUCUCCGUCCCUCCAGGAUGGCUUGGGAGUCAUUUCCGGCUCAAUAAACGACAUCCCCCCAGCCUUUCAUGCAGAAGUUGGUCAGUAUAAUGCCAAAGGCAGUGGCUCUAACGAGGAUGAUAGAGCCUCUACACCCUCUGUUGUCAAGGAAGAACAACAGGGUCUUCCUUUGAGGAUACUUAUCCCUGGCUUCAAACAGUGCUCGCUUAUGCACGAUGGCUGGGUGCAAUCUUCUGGUCUAAUUCUCUUCUGGGUACCACCAAGCAACCGACAUGGACUGCAAUACCCGCAUCGUCUGACUAUCCCGACGACGAGUCCGUUGCGUGCAACUAAACUGGACUUUACCCAUUUUCAAUGUGGUCGCUCUUGGACCAACGUUCGAACCAAUGCCAACUAG